AUGGUCGUGAUGGCGCGCUUCGUCGGCGAGUCGGGCAUGCGGCCUUACCUGUCAACGGAUGGUGAUGCGGCGCCAACAGCUGUGAGCGACGCAGUCAGCGACGCCAUCAACGACGCAGUGAGCGACGCUGGCUCGGAAACAUUUCUCUUCCCCACGCCUCCGCGCAGCCCGCGCGAAAUCUCCCGCACGGCGCUCGAGUUCCGCCACGGCCGCCGCCGGCACUCGUUCAGCGGAUUUCAAGAGCUUCCUGCGGGGUGCGGAGUCCGUGGCGCUCCGGAGUCCCUGGAUGGUGCUACUAACGGGGAUAUUGCCUAUCCUGGUGCUACCAACGGGGAUAUUACGUAUCAUGGUGCUAACAGGGUUAACUGUUAUCCUGGUGGUGAAGAUAACACACGCAGUGCAGAAGAGCGUUGUGACCUUCCACGACUACCCCGCCCGUCUGCGGUGCAAUAUUCUGCACCUCUCGCUGCUGGCGCCGCCGCUGCUGCAGCUGCCGACACACGCAGUGCAGCGGUUCCUGCUGAAGCACGUGGGCGGCCGGAUCAGAUCCACGGCCCUAAAUCCAACGCCAUGUGGCCGAGAAUCACCGCACGGGUUAAGAAGAGAAUCCUCAGUGGAGAAGCAGUCGCAGUCUCCCCAUGUGGCAGUGGCAUACUCGCUGAAGACUCCACGCACUGGCCCUGCCUCCUUAUCGCCGACAUCACCCCUCUCUCCUCCUUCCUUGUCGUCUCCUCCCUUGUCCCCCCCACCACUGUCCGUGCUGUCGUCUUCAAAGCCCAUCUCGCUGCCGCCACCUUCUAA